AUGGCUCAGCAGUGCCUCCAAAAUGAAUAUUUUGACAGAUUGCUGAAUGAUUGCAAACCGUGUCACCUUCGGUGUUCUAAUACCCCUCCUCUCAUAUGUCAGCGUUACUGUAAUACAAUGAAAGGAACAAAUGCCAUUCUCUGGACCUGUUUGGGCCUGAGCUUGCUGAUGUCUUUGACAGUUUUCGCGCUGAUGAUCUUGCUAAGGAAGAUGAGCUCCGAACCAUCGAAGGACGAAUUUAAAAGCACAGGAUCACCUCUCCAGCAUGAGGCGAAUGCUGACCUGGAUGACAGGAAAGGUAGCAGGACCGGUGAGGAAAUUCUUUCCAGAAGCCUGGAGUACACAGUAGAAGACUGCACCUGUGAAGACUGUGUCAAGAGCCAACCAAAGGUCGAUUCUGACCAUUUCUUUCCACUCCCAGCGAUGGAGGAAGGCGCAACCAUCCUUGUCACCACGAAAACGAACGACUACUGCAGUGGCCUGCUAGCUGCUGAGAGUCUCACAAGGAUGGAGAAAUCCAUCUCCACCAGAUAAUUAACCAUUUUGAGUGUUGCAGAGCUACUUUGAAAAUCUUUUGUCAGAGGAAAGGAUGGUGUAUCAGGUGUCUUUAGGAUGAUUGUUAUCAGUGGCCCACAGAGCUUUCUGUCCUCUAAUUCUAGAAAAUCAUUAUGUUAGAUAUAUUUCUCUAUCUUACUGUUGGGAGCUUAACCGUGGAAACUUCAUUGGUUUCAAUGAUUAAAU